AAACUGUCCUCCCGGUUCAUCUCUUUAAAAUAUUUUUUCAUCUUGCCGUUGAAGCUGGGGAGUCGAGGGGUUAUUAUUUUCCCCCCACUUAUCUUUCUUUCUCCCCUUUGCGGAACUUGUGGAGGAAGCGCCUGAAUCCUCUCGCUUUCCGAACUCUCACCUCCUUUUUAGAAAUUGCAAUUUAGCGAACCUACCUGCUCUUAUUUUAUUUUUAUUUUUUUAAAGCAUCAGCCGCGUUCCUUUUUUUCCCCCUCCUUUCCUUGGUGCUGAAACUCUCUUUUUCUCGUCGUUUGGACUCCGGCCACGGAAAAGGGGGACAGGAAAAGAGGAGAAGAAACACCAUGAAGUGUUAAAAAAAAGACAGACAGACAGCAAGAAAACCAAACAAUCCUUUUCAAACCAACGAGGAACUGCUAAGGAACCUUUUUCCCUAUAAAACUGCGGUUGCGAAGCUGCAGAGAGAGAGAGAGAAAGAGAGAGAGGGAAGAGAGAGAGCCACGAGCGCGCACAGGAGAAAGGGGAGGGAAGAGAGAGUGAGAGAGAGGGGAGGGGGGGGAGAAGAGAGAAAGAAAAACGAAAGAAACCCAGGCGGCCGGAUGCAAAAGGCGAGCAAAUAGCACGAGCGAGGAGGCAGCCAGGCACGGCCGCUCACGGGUUGCCGGCUGCAGCCGAGCGGGCUCUUUGUCAGGGGAGCCUCCGAGCCCGGGGUGCGAGGCGCUGCUGCUGCUGCUGCUGGCUGAUCCCGGCUCGCCCAGGCGCCGGCAGAGCGAGCGAGCGAGCGGAGGAGGAGGAGGCGGCGGCGAGGGAGCCGGACAGCAGCUUCCCGAGGCUUCUGCGAGCCGACCAGCAAACUGGCUCAUCCGCUGGCAAGUCAGAGCAGCCCCCUGGCUCCGGGAGCGCACCCUUUCUGGAGGACGGGCGGCGGUGGCGGCGGCGGUGUUGGCGGCGGCGGUGGCAAAAGGAUGGCAUCGGACCUGGCCCUGCACAGCGCCGACCUGCCCACUAGUCCCUUGGCCAUGGAAUAUGUUAAUGACUUCGAUCUGAUGAAGUUUGAAGUGAAAAAGGAGCCGGUGGAGACGGACCGCAUCAUCAGCCAGUGCGGCCGCUUGAUCGCUGGGGGAUCGCUCUCGUCCACCCCGAUGAGCACGCCGUGCAGCUCGGUGCCUCCCUCGCCCAGCUUCUCGGCCCCCAGCCCGGGCUCCGGCGGCAGCGACCAAAAGACCCACUUGGAAGACUACUACUGGAUGACCGGCUACCCGCAGCAGCUCAACCCGGAGGCCCUGGGCUUCAGCCCGGAAGACGCCGUGGAAGCGCUGAUCAACAACAGCCACCACCAGCUCCAGAACGCGGCGGCCGCGGCCGGCUUCGAAGGCUAUGCGAGAGGGCAGCAGCUGUCCGUGGGCGGCGGCGGAGGAGGAGGCGGCGGAGGAGGCGGAGGAGGCGGCGGAUCGGGGGGAUCCAUGCCGCCGGACGAGAUCGGCUCGGCGGCCGCCGUGGUGUCGGCGGUGAUCGCGGCCGCCGCGGCGCAGCAACAGCAACAGCAGAACGGCGGCGCGCCCCAUUAUCACCACCACCAUCACCAUCACCCGCCCGGCCACCACCACCACCAUCAUCCGCAGCCGCAACCGCCGGGCAGCGUGCCGUCUUCGGCCAGCAGCACUAGCAGCAGCAGCAGCGGCGGCAGCGGGGGAGGCGGCGGGGGCCUCCACCACCAGCACCACGGUGGCAGCGGCGGCGGCGGCGGCUUGCAUUUCGACGACCGCUUCUCGGACGAGCAGCUGGUGACCAUGUCGGUGCGAGAACUCAACCGGCAGCUGCGGGGCGUCAGCAAGGAAGAGGUGAUCCGGCUGAAACAGAAACGACGGACCCUGAAAAACCGGGGCUACGCGCAGUCCUGCCGCUUCAAGCGGGUCCAGCAACGGCACGUCUUGGAAUCGGAGAAGAACCAGUUGCUCCAACAAGUGGAACAUCUGAAGCAGGAAAUCUCCAGGCUGGUCCGGGAGAGGGACGCCUACAAGGAAAAAUACGAGAAAUUGGUCAGCAGCGGGUUCCGGGAAAACGGAUCCAGCAGCGACAAUCCCUCUUCUCCAGAAUUUUUCAUGUAUCCAAGAGAAUCGUCUACAACGGUGAUGUGAGAGUUUCCUGUUGCCUGGAGCCUGAUAAGAUAACACGAUGCUGGUUUUGCAGAUGGCUUACAACGACUUCCUGGCAUGAAGAGUAAAGCUACAAAGCACAAAACAAUGGGGAAAAAAUAAAAACCUACAGACAAAUGAACUUGGAAUAGAACAAGGGAAAAAAAGUGAAUUUUCAUGGCGUCGAAGAAUUCUUUAUUUUUCCUCAAGUUUUCUUUUCUUAAAAAAUAAACAAAAAUAAACAAAAGGAACUAAGACAGUCACAGGAACCAUUUCUCUUCAGGUGACAGUACUCAAGCAUGUUCUUUUAUUACAUUUAAGUUGGGAAAAAGAAAAGAAAAAGAAAAACUGAAUGAACAUAGUGCUGAGUGAACUGGGCCAAUAGUGAUGGUAUUUGCUGUACAUCAAACUUUCCUUAAAAUUCUCAACCUUUAAUCCCUCUGGUUAUUUACACCCUACGUGUUUGUAAAGAAACGAGUUCACCCUGCAGUAUUUAGAGAAUGGUUUGCAAAUGUAUCUUUUAAUAUCAUAUUUUAUGGAUAUUGUACUAUAUAUAUUUAACUAGAAUGGGUGUAACCACCUUGAAGAUUGAGAAUCUUCUCCUUUUAGGCAAAGUGGUUUUCAUUUGCUAUCAAGAAGACUUUUCGAUUAUUUAAUACUUGGGAUUGUUUUACUGAACAUUUAAGUGCAGA